CACGGUCACGCUGCCUCCGUAAAAAGCCGCAAGAAAAUAAAAAUACAUAUACCUUUCAAGCUAUUAUUAUUAUUAACAAAAAUGUCGGAACCAGUUGAAAGCACAGAGGUAAAGUCGCCACCAUACGACUUGUCCAAGUUCCGGCUGAAGCGCAUUCUAACCAACAACAGUGUUAGGAAAAGUAUAUCCCUUCUUGGGACUUUUCCGGAUCUAGGAACCGAUGAUGCCAUUGUUGUUUUCGAGAAAAAUGCUUACCGGGAAAGCGAUGUGGCCACAACGUCAUCGGAGGAGUCUGCCAAGAAGCCUAGUUAUUUUACCUCAGACCUGAAAGUUGACACUGAGUUUAUUAACAAUAUUUACGGCAGUUUUCAGGUUGUGCCCACCCGGGAUUUGUGCAGUGUGAAAAGCACGGUCAUUUAUCCCGCCACCGAGAAGCACAUCGAGAAGUACUCAGUUUCCCAAAAAUAUCUCAUUCGGGAGACUCCUGAUCUCUACCAAAGAAAAACCCUUCCAUAUAUCACCUCAAGUCAGUUCUCCCUAGAGUGGGUCUACAACAUACUCGAGCACAAACAGGAGAAGGAACGUAUCGUGUACGAGAACGACGAUCCAAAUACCGGUUUUAUCCUCCUGCCCGAUCUCAAAUGGGACGGACGUAAUGUGGAAACCCUUUAUCUGCUGGCCAUCGUUCACAAGCGUGAUAUCAAAUCUCUGCGGGACUUAAAUGGGAGCCAUCUUGAUCUUUUGCGUAACGUGCGCCAGUCGUCAAAGGACGCAAUUUUCAAGCUAUACGGCAUUAAUCCUAAUCAGCUGCGUAUGUACAUUCAUUACCAGCCGUCCUUCUAUCACCUGCAUGUGCACAUCAAUCCAGUGCGGAACGAUGCGCCGGGCAUAUGGUGCGAGAAGUCCCACAUGCUGGACACGGUGAUCAACAACUUAGAGCUGAUGCCGGACUACUAUCAGCGAGCCACUUUGCCGUUUGUCCUGUACGAAGGCAACAAGCUGUUGGAUCUCUAUGAGCAGGAGCUACCCAUUAGAGCGCUGACAGUUGCGAGUGGCGAUAAGGAGCACCCUGACACAGACUCUUUGGGCGCCGCUCCACCGGAAGGCUUUAGCGAUGAAGAGCCGGAGGAGAGGCAGUGUAAGCGCAUCAAGUUGGCCACGCCGGAGCCCAAGGAGUCCGAGUCAGCUGUUCAGGCCUGUGCCUAAGCUUUCUUUCUAAAAGAUCAGUAGUAGUACUUAAGGAGAAAGCUUAACACAUAUCAUACCUAUGUCAUACUUAUGAUCAAUCAAAUCAAAAUAAAGUCUUUUUGGAAAAUCAA